CGCCAUCCAACACCAAUCUGCUAGUGAGGGAAGGAGGGGGCGGGAAGGUUCGUUUGAGGAGGGCAGGCUUUUCAACGUUACUAGCGCUCCCUCACUACCCUCAUUUCAGUAUCUGAGACAAAUACUUCAAAAUUUACCCAUUGGACAUGAAAGAAUUUACUGGAAAAUAAGUGGAAAGACAGAGGGGGGAAUCAGCUGCCAGAGCUCAGAAAGUGUCUGAAGUCCGUCGGAAGAAAAAAAGGAUUUAUCCCUGGCUUUCAGAACUCAGAGUGAUAUGGCUGGCGUGCUCCGCAAGCUUGCAGCAUGCAUCCCCUGCGUGUGGAUCUUCCUCAUGCUUUUCGACACCAGCUUACAAACCGGGGCUGUAACAGGUCACAGAGAACCCAUUCCCGAUGACAGCAAAGACAACAUCACCAUCUUCACCCGGAUCUUGGAUCGCUUGCUGGAUGGUUAUGACAACAGAUUGCGUCCCGGACUAGGAGAAAGUGUGACUGAGGUGAGGACAAACAUCUAUGUGACAAGCUUCGGACCAGUAUCAGACACUGAUAUGGAAUACACAAUUGAUGUGUUCUUCCGGCAAAGCUGGCGGGAUGAGAGACUGAAGUUUGAUGGGCCUAUGCAGGUCCUUCCACUUAACAACUUGCUCGCCAGCAAGAUUUGGACUCCGGACACUUUCUUCCACAAUGGGAAGAAGUCAGUAGCCCACAAUAUGACUACACCCAAUAAACUUCUGCGGCUGGUAGACAACGGAACUCUUCUCUACACUAUGAGAUUAACCAUCCAUGCUGAGUGCCCUAUGCAUCUGGAGGAUUUUCCUAUGGAUGCCCAUGCCUGCCCGCUGAAGUUCGGAAGCUAUGCCUACACCAACAAUGAGGUUGUCUACAUCUGGACUGCAGAUGAUGAGAAAUCUGUUUCUGUGGCUCCUGAUGGUUCUAGACUCAACCAGUAUGACCUGUUGGGCCAUGUCAUUGGCAAAGAGACCAUCAGCUCCAGUACAGGAGAAUAUGUGGUGAUGACAACAUAUUUCCAUUUGAAAAGGAAAAUUGGCUAUUUCGUGAUCCAGACGUAUCUCCCCUGCAUAAUGACCGUCAUUCUGUCUCAGGUCUCCUUCUGGCUGAACCGGGAGUCCGUUCCAGCACGUACCGUCUUCGGUGUCACAACUGUCCUGACCAUGACCACAUUGAGUAUAAGUGCCCGGAACUCACUUCCAAAGGUGGCCUAUGCGACAGCUAUGGACUGGUUUAUGGCAGUGUGCUAUGCUUUUGUCUUCUCUGCUCUCAUUGAGUUUGCCACUGUCAACUACUUCACAAAGCGCAGCUGGGCCUGGGAUGGUCAGAAGGAGGCCCAGGAGAUGCGGCGGAGAGAAUCGGCUUCCUUCUCCAAGAAGACCAACAACUCUUUCAACAUCGUGGGAACCACUUACAGUAUGAGCGUAGCCAAAGAUCCCGGACUGACAACCAUCUCCAAGAGCGCCACAUCCACAUCUACGUCCACCCCAUCCCAGCCGGUCCGAGAGGUCCGGCUCCCCAAAAUGGAUGGUGAAUACGUGCCGGAGGGUGGAGGAAAGUCAUACAAUCGCGUGAGCAAAGUGGACAAGAUCUCUCGUAUCAUCUUUCCAGUGCUCUUCUUCAUCUUCAACCUGGGUUACUGGGCCACUUACGUCAACAGAAAGCCGACCAUCAACCGGUCCAGCCCACAGAAAUGAACAUGGCAACUGAAAACAAACAAAUAAACUGCCAGUCCAGUCUUAAUCAGCAACAUGAUGCUACUGCUGCUGUGUUCAUUUUCCUUUUAUUUUUUUUUUUUAAUUUUUUUUUUUACAACCAUACACAAUUCUAGGUAGCAGUUUGUUGUUUUAGGUUUUUUUUUUUUUCAGAUUUGUCUGUGCCAUUUCAUGUGUUGCAUGAGGUAAAGUAUGACAGUAUUGCUGGUCUUGUGCGGAUGGUCAUUAUUUACCCACUUAAGCCCCUAACCAAUCUCCACACACUGUGGGCUAAUUCCAAACAGAAGUGAGCAUCCCUAUGCCCUACUAAGCAUUUGGAACUCCCUUGACGAAGGGAAUGACUGACCAAGUGUUACCUUGACAACGCUGCACAUGCAUGCAGCAUUCAGCACUCCUUGAGCAGUUGCAAAUAAAUAUUUCUUCUUAUUAUUAUUAUUAUUAUUAUUAUUAUUAAACUUUUUCAAACUAAACAUUACCGUCUUAAAUCAUAUUUUUAUCACUGAUUAAAAAUGUUUUGUAUUACAUUAAAAUAAAGACAAAUUUAAGUAGCCUACUCUACUUACGUUUGUGAAGUUGAAAUCGCAAGAUCUCCUAACCGAAGAUCACAUGAUCACCAACGGAAACCACUUUGCGUGAAGUGACCAUCGCAAGUUCCCUUCUCAAACAGACUUCUGAAAAGGCCCUUUGUAAGUUGUUCACUUUUGUUUGGAACGUCCCCUUCCCGAAGUGCCCGUUUGUAAAGUUUGGAAUUCGCACUGUGUAUCAUCAGGAGAAAAUCGUCAGUCCCCAUUGGCUGUCAGUCACCAUGGCGAGAACCUGUAGCCUUUUAGCAGCCAGUAGUGAUGUCCGUAGGCGCAUCAUUACUAACUGUCUGUUCUUUGACACUUUGCAAACCCGAAGUAGGCCUAUUAUAUAAUUGUAUCAGUAGUAUCAUCUAGAGUUGAGUUCACAUCCCCAUGUGUCCAGUGACUACUAUUGUUUAAACAGCCUGAGCAGGCUCCAAGAAAAAGAAGAAAAUCUGUGUGCCUUUUUAAUCACUCUCCGUAGAGAUGCAUAGUUUGGCACAUGCUGACAUUGUCUUCAAGCUUAGGCCUGCCUAAAGAAAACGUCAGUCUUGAUUGAACUCUCACAGGAUGGAAUUAAACUCAGAGCUGUCCUGCAUGCGAGAUGAUUUAGUGCUGACGGCCGACUGUAAGGCACUGGGCCAGCCAGCGAUUCUUUGUUUGUGGCCAAUAUAAGCAGUGAGGAUCAGAAAAAGAGAAAUAGCACUGCAACAUGCUUAUAAAGCAUUUCAGCUGUGUUGAAUAUAAAGACAAGAUUUUCAAUUUGGGCCAGUGCCACACAGGAUGAACAUGCAUUUCGAUUACCUCACGGAAUGCAUGAGGUGUUAGAGGCUUUGGUAGAUCAUUACACUGGUGAUUUCUUGAUUUAGGUUUUGAACAAUACAGAUUCAUGUUUGUGAAUGCACUAUUUUUAUUAAUAUUGAUAUUUGAAUUGUAAAAUAUUGUUGUUUUGGCAAUUGCCAGCAAAUUUCAUAGUUUCCUGUCUUAAAAAAAUUUAGAUGUAGUUUCUAUGCCAUGUUAAUUUAAGCAUACAUUUAAGAUAAUAUGAGAACAUGCACUCAACAUGGAUUAGUGCAUAUUGCUGUUAUUACCAUUGUUCACUUAUGAUUUUAUUUCUUUUACAUAGUGUGUUCAAUUUUAAUAUGCAUCUCGUUUUGGAAGAACAAUCUUUUUGCAUUCACUUAGAAAGUGCCAGGUUUACAUGUGAAUUUAAAUAGAGACAUUUUUGUAGAUAAACUAAAAAGUUGCGUAAAGUAUGUACUUAUGUGACAGCAAGCUAUAUUAAGCAAAAAAGCAUUAACUUUGCCAUUUCCUUUGUUUUAUAAGCAAUUACACUACAGUUUUGUUUUUUGUUUUUUACAAUUGCUAGGACCCAUUUCUCAAUACUUAGGUAACUUUUUCUAAACUCUUAACAUGAUUCUCCUAACCAAAUUUCUCUGCUUGUAACUAUAGCAAAUUUAACAUCCAAGCUGCUCUAAAACUACCAAAACAAAUCAUUCAUAUCUUAAAUAUGCUCAUUCUUCCAAAACUAUAGCAAAGGUUGUCACCCAACCAACACACUUUGUCACUCAUAAAACAAUGACCUAAAAAAAAUAAAAAACACUAACAAAGGUAUCAUUAUACAAUGUUGUCUUCUCUAAAAUUUGAAUGUAUUUUUUAUUUAUUUUUAUUAUUUUUUUAUGGAUGGAAAAAUUGGUCCUAGCAAUUGUAAAAACUGUAACAUGGCUGUUGAUCAGUAGCGUCAGACAUGAGACAUAAAAUCUCACUCAUUAGUUUUAAUCACUAGAUUUAUUAGUGAAUGAAUAGAUAGGGCUCAUGUUUAUUUUAAUAUUCUAAGUAAAAAACUUUUUCAUACAAUAGGAUGUUUUAAGAAUAAAUGAAUGCAUGACAAUCUCUUCAUUAGUUACAUCACCACAUACAGUAUGCUAUUGUGUUAUCUUUCUGAAGGAGGCUUUAUGUUUUUUUAUCUCAUCAUGGCCCUUCAACUAGCCAUAUUAAGUAUCUGGAGUGCAUAUAUGUAGGCUCCUUACAUCUCAUCUGAGCUAUAGUAGGGCUAGAUCAACUAAUGUUGUUAUUGAUUGUUGACACAAAUAGAAUAAAUCAUAGAUGAAACCACAUAUAAGAACUAUAUUUAUAUAGGAGUUUAAAUCUAUUUAUGCUAACUACAUAUCUGAUAGCAUACAUUUAUUUUAUUUUAUUUUAUUUUUUUUUUACAUAUGGUAUAACCCUUAUAGCAUCAGUACAAAUGUGUAAAAACAACAUUGGGUAUAACUAUCUCAGAUAGCACACGUACAUCUCAUUUGAAAAACAUCUGAUAAAAACCUUUUAAAAGGCCGUUUUACAAACAUUCUAAAUCAUAAACAUUUUAAAACAGCUCUUUAUAAGUUACAUAUAGUUGCUUUAAGGACAUUUUCUAAAUGUCUAGUAUCAUUGAUGAGCAAACUAAAACAGAUCUUCCAGAUGAAAUUGCACACAUUAAAUAGACGUCUCCAUGAUAUAGUCUACGUGUGUUAUCAAGGUAGUGGCAUGAUAGUUUAUUCACAUGUAAGAACAUGUAAAAGUUGUAAUUUUUUAGAUGUUGUCAGCCCACUUGAGGACACUUGGGAAACAUAGCUGUGUCUAAUAUGUGCGACGUCUGGCUUUUUACAUGCGAAUGAAGGCUAAUAUCAGUGAAACUUCAAGAGGGUGACAGUAAAAUGUACUGUAGUACAGCACUACAAAUGCUAACUGGUAGUUAUCACUGAUGAAUCUUAACUGAAAAACUUUCAAAAUGAUGCUGAUUUUGCUUAAACUGUUGCUUUAAAGCUUGAUUACACAUUUGAAGUCCCCCUUGUGUGUUUUCAGAUCUAAAUUUUGUGGUUCAUUUUGAAUGGUUAGCAUCUUGGCUACUAACACUAGCCUUAUGCUAGCUCUGCUUGAUGUACCCCACCUCGUGUGCAGUUUUCUAAAUGUUUAAUGUACAAUCUUCCACGCUUUCUGUAUAUACUGUAUUAAAAAUAAAAAAUGAAUCCAGCGAUUUUCAUCUGACACAACCUUGUGGUUAGUGGAGCUAGUAGAUGUAAUCUCAUUGAGUUUUCUGAUUUCUUUUCACAGUUGUAGGGGUUUGAUAUGCGACUUGUUCUUUACAAAAUGCCUUAUUCUUCUUAUGGUAUGGUAAACUGCAGUAGGAAAGCUCAAGGACAUCAUAGGUACACAUAUUUCAGGCUUCUAUUAUUGUAUUAGAUUAAGAUGAACAUUGCCUUCUAAGGACAGUCGUGUUUUGUUUUUUUGACGACAUCAAUCUUGUUCUUUUCGGUCGUUCCUCGUGUCAUGCUUGUUGUACUCAUGCUACACGUGCUAGAUAUUUUUUUAUGUCUUAUUACACUGUGAUUCAAUACCAAAAGGUUUAUAGAACAAGGGCAUAGAUGACAUGGAGUAGGCCGUGUUAUAUAGAAUGACUGAAAUCCCACCAAAUCUUGUUAGGGCAACAGUUUUUGACUUGUAAUUUUAGUCACCUUGAAUGCAGAAAAUGUCUUUCUCUGACAUACCGAUUCAGUGUCCUCUGUAUCAGUGCAUUUUUUAGAUAAACAUACUUCAAUUGUCACACAGUUAAUAAGAUCAUGGAUAUAUGUUUGCAAUAAAAGUCAUACCAUAACUGUCAGUGCAGAAAAGAAAAUCGAAAUUCAUCUGAAGUAAAGUGCUGUGCUGGAGCACAAGUGAAUUGAUGAAGCUGCCUGCCUCAAAACAAACUGCUAUGUUUACUACUUGCUGCCUUGGCCAUACAUCAUGAUUAUAGCCAAAUUAUAGGUUGUACCAAAUUAGCUUUAAAAAUAAGUAUGGGGGU